CGGACGUGAAAGUGCUACAAUUCAACGUUUUUCUCCCCGAAUCGUUUCAGUGAAAGCCUGCCUAGUUCCGCUGACUGACCGCGAUGCCACAGAGCCCAUCCCACCAUACAGAACUGCAGUCGUGUGGUACUGGACAUGGUCAUCAAACUGGGACAUUACGACUGCUGUGCUAGUGCAUGCAUGGGAUUGCGCGCAGGAUAAGAAAACCACCGGUGUUGGACAUGCAAUGAUUUGAGCUAUGCCGCGUUCCUGCUGGAUGACAGUAGCCCAACAUGGAUUUGUCGGUACAUGCCAAAGCCGAGAGUUUGCUAACCAGUCACUGAUUUACAACUUGGAUAGCAGUCCUGGAAAGUAACGAAAUCAAGUACCUUGCGAUUAUUUUUCAUUUGCAUUCCGUUAGCAUUUCCAUAACUUUGCCGUUGUAUUUCGACUGCUAUGAUCUGAGGACCAAGCCUACUACCUAAAAUGUGCAAGAAUUCAUGUAGUCAGGGCUACUUUUUCUGUUGACACCGAGUGUUUCUUUGUCAACUCAACAUGUGUCAACGGGUUGUAGGUCCAGCAGAAUAAUGUGCCUGGCGCACGGUGAUUAUUUCAUAUUAAUGGCAUAGGCUACACAUGCUUAUUAUGAUGAAUGAUAAAUCAAAUAAGUUAAUUUUAGUUCCAGUUUUGGCUGUUCUUUUUGUAACUAUAGGGUAUCAGUAUGUAUGUCCAGCAGGCAGCAACUCUUGUCACUUUGGGACUGGUGAGAAACUGAGAGGGAUGCGUCCGCCAUCCACCCAGUAUCCCACGCCUGAUGACCUGUACCGAGAUCAAGAACUCGAAGAUGAUAGCCCGCCGAAAUUUUUUUCCAAAUUUAACUUUACUGAGCGAGAGCUUAUGCGGGACGUGGAAUUUAACAUACGAGGAGAUGAUGUGAUAGUGUUUUUGCACAUACAAAAGACUGGGGGUACCACUUUUGGUCGUCAUCUAGUAAGGAAUAUACGGUUAGAGCAGCCCUGUGACUGUAAACCCGGCCAGAAGAAAUGCACUUGUCACCGGCCAGGGAAAGAGGAAUCGUGGCUCUUCUCGAGGUUCUCCACUGGCUGGAGUUGUGGUUUACAUGCAGACUGGACGGAACUUACCAACUGCGUUCCUGUUAUAAUGGACAAAAAGGCUGCUCAGAAGAACCGAAGGAACUACUACUACAUUACCAUGCUCAGAGACCCAGUGUCCCGCUACCUGAGUGAGUGGAAGCACGUACAGCGAGGUGCCACCUGGAAGACCUCUCUGCACAUGUGCGAUGGCCGCUCCCCGACGCAGGACGAGCUGCCCAACUGCUACAAUGGCGACGACUGGUCAGGUGUUCCCCUGUCCGACUUCAUGGACUGCCCCUCGAACCUGGCUAACAACCGGCAGGUGCGCAUGCUGGCCGACCUGAGCCUGGUGGGCUGCUACAACCUUUCGUCCAUGAACGAGAGCGAGCGCAACCACAUCCUCUUGGCCAGCGCCAUGGCCAACCUCAAGAACAUGGCCUUCUACGGCCUGACGGAGUUCCAGCGCAAGACGCAGUACCUGUUUGAGCGGACGUUCCACCUGCGCUUCAUCUCGGCCUUCACGCAGAUCAACAGCACGCGCGCCUCCAACGUGGACAUCAGCGAGGCCGUGCGCCGCCGCAUCGAGGCGCUCAACUACCUGGACGUGCAGCUCUACGAGUUCGCCAAGGACCUGUUCCUGCAGCGCUUCCAGUUCACGCGGCAGCGCGAGCACCAGGAGGAGCGGCUGAAGCGGCGCGAGGAGCGGCGCUGGCUGAGGGAGCAGCGGGCCAAGUGGCCGGCUCGGGGGGACGCCGAGCCCCCCGAGCCGGCCACCACCGAGGACUACACCAGCCAGGUGGCGCGCUGGUGAGGCCCCCAGAAAGAGGGGGAGCCGUCAGAGGAGGACAAAGAUGGCCGCACAGACGCGUCUCCUCUCUCUCCCGCUUUCUCCAUGUCUCCUGCUAUUGCACUUAAAGGUGGAGUCAGUGAUACUUGCAGAGGAGAGUUAUUUUGAAACUCAACAGUCAAAUUAUGUCCACCCCUCCCCUCAGUGUUCUGGGCAGAGUCACAUGGGUGACUGGUAGAUCAUUGACCUGUUUUGGGCAGUGUGGUUAUUCCCACUGGUUAAAGCUCAACUCACCACUGCUCUUGACCUGUUCUUUUACUCAGAAUAUAAACUGUAUCGAUAGCUGUGAGUAUUUCACCAAAUGUUACAAAAAUCUUUGGAUUUAGCAUUGCUGACCCCACCUUUAAAGCACUAAAAUUACAUUUUGUUGCCAUUAAAUUUGCAAAGUCUAUGUGUCUCUACAGCUCUGCCUUUGAGUACCCUUUGGUGUCUUAUGUAUUAAAAAAUAUUUUCUUUUUUUGUUCUUUCCGUGCUCAACUGCUCUUGCUGUUUUGUCAUGGGUAUUUAGUAGUUGUGCAAAUUGCAAAUUUUAAAGACAUAAAAGAAAAAUCAAAAGCCACAAAAGGAAAUGUAUGAUUAAACUGCUCAUGCUGAUGUCUGUACAGCUCAAAGGUGUGAUCUUGUCAGUUGACACUUGAAGUUUUUUAAGUUUGCCGUUACAAAGCCAUAUUGAUUCAUUAUAAUAUAUCUGACAUUUAUGGAAUGCGUGCUG